CUAACAGCAAGCCUUUUUCUCAAGCGUCAGGCAGUUACCACAGGCCGAGAGUGGAGCAGAUGUGCCGAGGACCUCCACACAUCCACCUACAGCCCAGCUCUCCUACUGUGAAAGAAAGAAAAUAAGGCCAGGCUAUCUUGAGCAGUCAUGUCAGCCAAAGCCAUCUCAGAGCAGACAGGAAAGGAGUACCUCUACAAGUACAUCUGUACGUCGACGCCAGUCCAGAACAGGUUCUGCUACGCCAAUGUGACAGCUGAAACUGACUUUCAGCGGCUGACGCAGGAUCACCCAUGGCUGCUCACAGAGAGGCUGGUGGUGAAGCCGGACCAGCUGAUUAAGAGGAGAGGCAAGCUCGGUCUGGUUGGCGUCAAUCUGGACCUGAAUGGGGUCAAAGAGUGGCUCAAGCCCCGCCUUAUGAAAGAGACGAUGGUGGGAAAAGCUAAAGGCACUCUCAAAAACUUCCUUAUAGAGCCAUUUGUCCCUCAUCAACAGGAGGAGGAGUUCUACGUGUGCAUAUAUGCUGCUCGGGAGGGGGACUACGUGCUAUUUCACCACGAGGGUGGGGUGGAUGUCGGAGACGUAGAUGCCAAGGCGCAGAAGCUGCUAAUUGGGGUGGAUGAAAAGAUCAGUGAAGAUCAGGUGAAGAAAGAACUGCUAACUAAGGGUCCCAAUGACAACAAGGCUGUUCUUGCCAGCUUCAUCGUCGGACUCUUUAACCUGUAUGAGAACCUCUUCUUCACGUACUUGGAGAUCAACCCUCUGGUGGUGACAAAAGAUGGAGUGUAUGUGCUGGACAUGGCAGCGAAGAUCGACGCAACUGCUGAUUACAUUUGCAAAUCCAAGUGGGGUGACGUGGAGUUCCCUCCGCCCUUCGGCAGGGAGGCAUACCCUGAGGAAGCCUACAUUGCUGAUCUUGAUGCAAAGAGUGGUGCCAGUCUCAAACUGACUCUGCUGAAUCCUCGAGGCAGAAUUUGGACCAUGGUGGCAGGAGGAGGUGCCUCAGUCGUGUACAGCGAUACAAUCUGUGACCUGGGUGGGGUCAAUGAGCUGGCCAAUUAUGGCGAGUAUUCAGGAGCACCGAGCGAACAGCAGACCUACGACUAUGCAAAGACCAUCCUGUCUCUGAUGACAAGAGAAAAGCACCCUGAUGGGAAGGUUUUGAUCGUUGGUGGAAGCAUUGCAAACUUCACAAACGUAGCGGCAACAUUUAAGGGAAUUGUUCGAGCUAUUAAAGACUAUCAGGGGCCACUGAAGGAGCAUGAAGUCACUAUAUUUGUUCGUCGUGGAGGCCCCAACUACCAGGAGGGUCUCAGAGUGAUGGGAGAAGUUGGAAAAACCACCGGAAUCCCGAUUCAUGUCUUUGGCACAGAAACCCACAUGACUGCCAUUGUUGGCAUGGCUCUGGGUCAUCGGCCAAUUCCCAACCAACCUCCUGUUGCUGCCCACACCGCCAACUUCCUCCUCAACUCCAGCUGCAGCACAUCGACUCCAACAUCCAGGAGAAAAGGCCCUUCUGAAAACAAAGCUAAGGUUCAGGGUUCGCCAGCCAAGAAGGUGAAAGCUGGAGCUCCUGUUACUAAGGCCUCUACCCUCUUCACCAAACACACUAAAGCUCUGGUGUGGGGUAUGCAGACUCGAGCAGUGCAGGGCAUGCUGGACUUUGACUACAUUUGCUCCAGAGAUGAGCCAUCUGUUUCCGCCCUGAUCUACCCUUUCACUGGCGACCACAAACAGAAAUUCUAUUGGGGCCAUAAGGAGAUCCUCAUCCCAGUGUAUAAAAACAUGAGCGAUGCCAUGAAGAAGCACCCCGAUGUGGAUGUGCUCAUCACUUUUGCCUCUUUGCGCUCAGCUUUUGAAAGCACCAUGGAGACCAUGCAAUACCCUCAGAUUCGAACCAUUGCCAUUAUUGCCGAGGGAAUCCCUGAAGCACACACGAGGAAGAUUAUUAAAGCUGCAGAUGAGAAGGGUGUCACCCUCAUUGGCCCUGCCACAGUUGGAGGGAUAAAGCCUGGUUGCUUCAAGAUUGGUAACACUGGGGGCAUGCUGGACAAUAUUCUCGCCUCCAAGCUUUACCGUCCGGGUAGUGUGGCCUACGUAUCCCGCUCAGGCGGCAUGUCCAAUGAACUCAACAACAUCAUCUCCCGCACUACUGAUGGUGUUUUUGAGGGAGUGGCCAUUGGUGGGGACAGAUAUCCAGGCUCUGUGUUUACUGACCAUGUUCUGCGCUACCAAGACACUCCUGGAGUGAAGAUGAUUAUCGUACUUGGAGAGAUUGGUGGGACAGAAGAAUACAAGAUUUGCAAGGCUAUUAAACAAGGCCGAAUCACCAAGCCAGUAGUGUGCUGGUGUAUUGGUACCUGUGCCACCAUGUUCUCCUCAGAGGUACAGUUUGGCCAUGCUGGAGCAUGUGCCAACCAGGCCUCUGAAACAGCUGUGGCCAAGAACAAGGCUCUAAAAGAGGCUGGUGCACAUGUUCCCAGGAGCUUUGAUGAGCUGGGAGAGAUUAUCAAAUUUGUGUAUGAUGACCUUGUUUCCAAAGGAGUAAUCCAGCCAGCUGAAGAGGUGCCUCCUCCUACUGUACCAAUGGAUUACUCCUGGGCACGAGAGUUGGGUCUGAUACGUAAACCAGCUUCCUUCAUGACUAGUAUUUGUGAUGAGAGAGGCCAGGAGCUCCUCUAUGCUGGCAUGCCCAUCACUGAGGUCUUCAAGACAGAAAUUGGCCUGGGAGGAACUCUGGGCCUUCUGUGGUUUCAGCGGAGGCUCCCAAAGUACGCCUGCCAGUUCAUUGAGAUGUGCCUGAUGGUAACUGCAGAUCAUGGCCCUGCUGUUUCUGGUGCACACAACACUAUUGUCUGUGCUCGAGCUGGCAAAGAUUUAAUCUCCAGCCUCACAUCUGGCCUUCUCACCAUUGGCGACAGAUUUGGAGGAGCUCUGGAUGCUGCUGCAAAGCAGUUCAGCCAUGCAUUUGAUAGCGGCAUGUUGCCCAUGGAGUUUGUCAACAAGAUGAAGAAGGAUGGAAAGCUGAUCAUGGGCAUUGGACACAGAGUUAAGUCGAUAAACAAUCCUGACAUGAGAGUCCAGAUCUUAAAGGACUUUGUGAAGCAGAGCUUUCCUGCGUCACAAUUGCUGGACUAUGCUUUAGAAGUGGAGAAGAUCACCACUUCAAAAAAGCCCAACCUGAUCUUGAAUGUGGAUGGUCUAAUUGGUGUGGCGUUUGUGGACUUGCUCAGAACUUGUGGAGUAUUUACAAGAGAUGAGGCAGAUGAGUUUGUUGAAAUCGGUGCCCUAAAUGGGAUCUUUGUCUUGGGACGCAGCAUGGGAUUUAUUGGACACUACCUGGACCAGAAGAGGCUAAAGCAGGGUCUGUAUCGCCACCCCUGGGAUGAUAUCUCCUAUGUAUUGCCAGAGCACAUGUCUAUGUAAUCAAAUAAUUAAGAAUAAAGUGUGAAAUGCCAUUUUUUAGUUCCACACUGUGAUCUGCCACUUCAGAAUCUAGUGACAAUAUAUUAAGGGAACAUGUUACGCAUAUUAUAGCUAUAAAUGUUAAACACUGAGAAGACAUUUCAGAGUACAUUUUUAGUUUUUAAAGUCAGUCACUGCAGCAGCUUUAUGAGUAUUACUAAAACCUGCUUAAAUGUUCUGCUUCAAGGUCUGUCAAUGUGCUGCAGAGAUGCAAUGAGUUCAUAUAUGCAUGUUAUCAUUUACCUGGUAACCACAACUACCAGUCACAAUCAGUGAAUUGCUGUAAUUUAGCUGAAAAUAUACAUUUAACUUAUUUACGAAGUCUGGAUACUGUAUACUCCUGUGUAAUUCUUACUCUCAUCACUGUGCCAUCUGAAAAUUACAAAGUGAAAGUUUAGUGCAAUAAUACAGAUCAAAUCAGAAGAUUGUCAUUUCGGUAUAAAUGUAUUUGUUUGUAAUGUUUCUGAAGCAGUGGUAUAAUUAAAAUGUUUGCUUUUUUGUGCCAAACUAAGAUGUUUUACAUUGUUUAAUAGGUAAGAGUGUUGUUGUCUAAUUUUAAACAUUGGUUUAACACAUCAUUUGACACCUGAGUCCUGAUCUGUAUGUGUGAUGUCUGUCACAUACAGUAUCCUGCAUUAACUAAUCAUACUUGUUAGACUCUAAGUGUGAGACAGAAUGUUCCAUCUACCAUUUGUGCUGUCCUUAUUGCCAAUAUCACAACAUCUAUCUGAUUUAUUCAAAAAUGAAAUGUUUUUGUGUCUGUUUUCAAGUGGAAGUACUGUGCUUCUCUGUACUUACAUGUUGUAUGUUCACAAUUGCACAAGUGAGAUAAAAAAAUAAAUAAAAUAAACAUGAUGUAAACAUA